AUGGAGCCGUUGCAUUUCUACGCGGAUGCUACGCCAUCGCCCAGCCACAAGCGCGUACACGAGCAGGAAAUGUCGCCGAGCAUCAAGCAGAGCAAAACUCCAGCACCUGGCGCGGACGGCGCGGACGAUUCGCGCGAUGAACUCGACUUUUUGUCGCUUGCAUCGCCCGCCAAGCCGCUGCGCGAGCGCAUGCGCAAGCGCGAUGUGCCGAGCGCUACACCGGGUGCUGCGCACACGAUGCAAAGCAUUUCGAUCCCGCUGCGUGUACUCUACAUUAACCAGGAAUGGUACAGUGACGCGAGUGAUCUCCAGCUUGUCUCGUUCAGCACGCACUUUGCCGUCCUUUGCGGCGCAUCGGAGCUCCUAAAAAUUGCGCUGCGUGACAUUCACAGCUGGAAGAUUAGCAGUAGCGAGCACAAGCUCUUGGUGCUUGCUGUGGGCCGCGGCGAGACGCAGGCGCGCUUGGCGCGCUUGGUGCUCGUACCGCCUCCGCUUCCCAUUUUCCACAUCGCAUUCCUUCCAUUGACUACCGAUGCUUGGGGCAUACUUGUAGACCGCGUACGAUACUCGCCGACCCUUUACCCCGGCGAGCUUAUCCCCGAGCCCGGUGCGAAGAGUUUGUGCAGUAGCUGGACGCAGCGGAACACGACGCGUCUCUUUUCCGAGCACGCACCACGCAAGCCUGUGCCCGUCGCGGUGGGCGAGCACCGCGCAGCGACGCAUGGCGCGCAGGCGCCGCAGCCCACCACCUUGUAUACCCCUAUACCACAUCCUACGCGAAAAACACGCGCAGCCACACGCGUAGAAGAGGAGCGCCGCGCCUCGGAGCUGGAUAAGCCCAUUUUGCGGUACCCAGCGCACGGCCCGUACGCCGUCACGCUUCUCGGCUCUGACGUCGAGCGCCUCAACGAGCAUGAGUUCCUGAAUGAUACUUUGAUCGAGUUUGGGCUGCGCUUUAUCAUGGAGCAGGUAAGCCAGCGCGAUCCGCACCUUGCCAGCCAGAUCCACCUAUUCAACUCGUUCUUUUUUAUGAAAUUAAACGAGUACCGCGAUCGCAGCAAGUCAUACGAGCAGGUGCGCAAGUGGACGAAUCGUGUAAACAUCUUUGACAAAGAAAUGCUGAUUGUGCCCAUCAACGAAAACAUGCAUUGGUACGUUGCGAUUGUUGUGAAUCCUAGAGGUGUGUUGGGCAUCAAGGACCACGGAAUGCGGCUCCUUCGCCGCACUUCGCGCCACGGAGCGGAGCACGAAGAUGGCGAGCGCAGCCUUUUGCCCAGCACCGCUGCGCAAGCAGGCGAAACCUACGUCCUUGUUCUCGACAGUCUCGGCAGCACACACGUGCGUGUAAAAAAUGUGCUGCGCGACUACCUACGUCUCGAAGCGCGCGAUAAACAGCGGGUUCCUGAGGAUGUAGAUCUGCGCCGACUGGGCGAUCCCAUCCAUGUGGACGUCCAAGUGCCUACCCAGCCGAACUCGUGUGAUUGCGGUAUAUACCUAUUGCACAACAUGGAAUGUUUUCUUUCCGACCCAGCCACAUUGCUUCCCAUUGCGCUUGGCGCACGGCGCGGCGCGGACAAAACAAUGGACGCUGCGUGGAACGAAAAGCAGCUCGAGUCGCGCCGCGCUUACUGGAAAAGUGCAAUUACCAAGCUCGGCAAACGAUGGCGCGAGGGACAGGCAGAAUAG